UAGGUCGACAUCCGGAUGCCGACGUCCAUGGACGAGGCGGUGGCGGCGCUGCUGAUCCACGCACUCCGGCCGCUGCUGGGCUCCGGCAAGCACGCCGGAGUGGAGUGCGACAGCUGGGUGCUGGGCGUGGAGGCGCACAACGUAUGCGGCGCCAACAACGUACGGGACUGGAAGACGGUGCCCGCCAGCUGUGAGGGCUACGUCGGCCACUACAUGCUCGGUAAGCACUUCCGCCGUGACUCCAAGAUCGUCAUCGACCAGGCCCUCGCCUACGUCGACAGCCUCAAGCUCGCCGGCAACGGCAAGGAGGUGUGGGUCUUCGACAUCGACGAGACCACCCUCUCCAACCUCCCCUACUACGCCAAGCACGGCUUCGGGGCUACACCGUUCAACGCGACGAGCUUCAACGCGUAUGUGCUGGAGGGGAGCGCGCCAGCGCUGCCAGAGACUAAGAGGUUGUACAACAAGCUGCGCUCGGUCGGCAUCAAGCCGGUGUUCCUCACCGGACGGACCGAGGACCAGAGGGCCAUCACCUUCACCAACCUGCGCCGCCAGGGGAUCUCCGGCUGGAUGAACCUGCUGCUGAAGCAGCCCGGCUUCAAGGGCUCCGCGGUGACCUACAAGUCCGGCAAGAGGCAGAAGCUGCAGGAUGCCGGGUACGUCAUCGUCGGCAACAUCGGUGAUCAGUGGAGCGACAUCCUCGGCGUGCCCGAGGGUGCCCGCACCUUCAAGCUCCCCGACCCCACGUACUACAUCGGCUAGACCGGUUCCUGCCACCAUUGAUUGCUCCUCAG